GACAAGAGGCCCUCCUCAGCCCACAUCAAGACCGUAGAUAGUAGAUAAGGCUCUCCUCCCCUUUCCCCCUUCCUCCUUGUCCCAAACCCCAUCUUCUCUCUGCGGCUCCGCCCUAAUGGCCUCCAUCACUAUGAUAGCCGCCGGAGCUGCGGCCGCCGCCACCUCCAAGCCCCUCCUCCCCUCCUCUUCCCCUAAGCCUCCUCAGACUAACACCUCUUCUUUAUUAUCCUCUUCCUGGUCUCUUUCUGGCACCCACAACAUCUCCAUCUCCGUCUCCCGGAAGCCCGCGACUAGCCUCCCGCCCCGCCAUGGCGGCGGCCUGCACGUCGUCCGCGCCGCCCGCGGCAAGUUCGAGCGGAAGAAGCCCCACGUCAAUAUCGGCACCAUCGGGCACGUCGACCACGGCAAGACCACCCUGACCGCUGCCCUCACCAUGGCCCUCGCCUCCCACGGAAACAGCGCCCCCAAGAAGUACGACGAGAUCGACGCCGCCCCCGAGGAGCGCGCCCGCGGCAUCACCAUCAACACCGCCACCGUCGAGUACGAGACCGCCUCCCGCCACUACGCCCACGUCGACUGCCCCGGCCACGCCGACUACGUCAAGAACAUGAUCACCGGCGCCGCCCAGAUGGACGGCGCCAUCCUUGUCGUCUCCGGCGCCGACGGCCCCAUGCCCCAGACCAAAGAACACAUCCUCUUAGCCAAGCAGGUGGGCGUCCCCAACAUGGUGGUCUUCCUCAAUAAGCAGGACCAGGUCGACGACGAGGAGCUUCUUCAGCUCGUCGAGCUCGAGGUCCGCGAGCUCCUCACCUCCUAUGAAUUCCCCGGUGAUGACGUCCCCAUCAUCUCCGGCUCUGCCCUCCUCGCCCUUGAAGCCCUCAUGGCCAACCCCAACAUGAAGCGUGGCGAAAACCCCUGGGUCGACAAGAUUUAUGAGCUCAUGGAUGCCGUCGACAACUACAUCCCCAUCCCCCAGCGCCAGACCGAUCUCCCCUUCCUCCUCGCCAUCGAAGAUGUAUUCUCCAUCACUGGUCGUGGGACAGUCGCCACUGGCCGUGUCGAGCGUGGCACGAUCAAGAUCGGCGAUACCGUCGAGAUUGUCGGCCUCAGGGAUACCCGCACCACCACUGUCACCGGUGUGGAGAUGUUCCAGAAGACUCUUGAUGAUGCUUUGGCCGGCGACAAUGUGGGGCUCCUCCUCAGAGGUAUCCAGAAGGUUGACAUCCAGCGUGGAAUGGUGCUAGCCAAGCCCGGCACCAUUACGCCGCAUACCAAGUUCACAGCUAUUGUGUAUGUGCUCAAGAAGGAGGAGGGUGGCCGGCACUCGCCGUUCUUCCCUGGGUACAGGCCACAAUUUUACAUGCGGACUACUGAUGUUACCGGCAAGGUCACGACCAUUAUGAAUGAUAAGGACGAGGAGUCGAAGAUGGUCAUGCCCGGAGACCGUGUCAAGAUGGUUGUGGAGCUUAUCAUGCCUGUUGCUUGUGAGCAGGGUAUGCGCUUUGCCAUCAGGGAGGGUGGUAAGACUGUCGGGGCCGGCGUCAUUCAGUCCAUUAUUGAGUAAUGGAUACGAUUAUCUCUUAUUCCUGUGUUCCUCCUUAAUCUACUGCUUUCUUUCCAGCUAGUUGGAUGAGAGGGGCUGCUCGACUCAAUUGUGCUGCUGUUCAGUUAUUUUAGAUUGAUGAGGGCCCGACCUGAAUUCCUUGUCUCCCAAAAGGUCAAAAUACUGGUGGCCCUUGUGGCUCUUAUAGAUGCAGAAGAAAACUACCAUAUAACUCAGAGAGUUCAUUCUAUUGGCACUGGGGGGAAAAGGCAUGUAAAAUGGUCAAGUUGAUGGUGUUAAAAAACCUACAUUUAGGACAGCAUAACUGUGAACUCUAUUUGGAGAAAUUGGGGUCCCUUAUGGUGAUAGGUUUGCACUGGUGUUCAACUUUUA